CUAAAACCUAAUGUCGUACUUCAAACUUUCAAUGCUCACGCUCAGCUUGGCGAACGGUAGCUGUGUGCAAUAGCAACGCCUCUCGAUAGACGAGCGAUUGAGCAAGCCAAGAAAUGGUUAUUCCUCCACGAGUUAGACCAGAAAGAGUUACAAAGUUCCUCAAACCUUAUGUCUUGAGGAUGCAGUUUACGAACAAGUAUGUGAAUGCUCAAGUAGUCCACACACCAACUGCAACGGUUGCAGCAGCUGCCAGCACACAAGAGAAGAGCCUGAGGCUGGGGAUGAUAGAAACGAAUGAAAACACGAGGGAUGUUGCCGCAGCUGCAAAAAUAGGCAAGCUGCUCGGGGAGCGACUGCAGGUCAAAGGCAUUCCUGCUGUUUCUAUAUUCUUCAAAAGGGAUCAGGCAUAUCAUGGAAAGGUCAAAGCUGUGAUUGAUUCCAUUAGGGGAGAAGGAAUCAAAUUGGUUUAACUUUGGGUUUGGGUUAUUUGAUUCAAAUGCAUUGCUGGAAACUGGAAAUGGAAUUUUUGUUUAUUGGUAGAACAAACUUUGAAACGUUAGCACGUAUCAUUUAUGUUCCUGCCAUUUUACACAAAUUAUUCAAAAAAUAUUUUUUCUUACAGA